GUAUCUUGUGCCAAACUGAAGAGAAAGAAGAAUUGGUUUGGAACAACAGUGUAUACGGAGUUGGCUGUUGAUGGAGAAACAAAGAAGACUGCAAAAGCAAGCAGCUCGAGCAAUCCAAAAUGGGAAGAACAGUUAACUGUGAACGUAACCCCACAAACUACACUUGAAUUUAAGGUCUGGAGCCACCAUACAUUGAAAGCUGAUGCAUUGCUUGGCAAAACGAUCGUGGACCUAGAACAAGCCUUGGAAACACACAAUAGAAAAUUGGAACGAGUAAAAGAGCAAUUAAAGCUUUCAUUGGAUGGCAAACAUGGCACAGUGCAGACGGGUGAAUUGACUGUCAUUUUAGACGGUUUGAUUGUAGAACCCGAGUCUCUUACAUCAUGUAAUUCCACAGGCCCUACUCCCAUGGAAAUCCAGCAAAAUGGUGAUGCGAUUCGCGAGAAUGGGGAAUCCUCUACAGAUGCUCGAACUGGAUCUGCCGGUGAUGUUCCCAACGGGACAGCUAAUGAAACUGCAUCCAGUUACACGGAGCAGAAUGCCUUUAAUGCGCAAAUAGCAAAUGGAGACAGCGGUCGCUCUCCUUCUCACGUUGCAUCCAGACCCAAAAAUAUACCAGCACCAAAUCCACCCUCUGCACAGGCUGGCACUCGAACUGUUAAUGGCACAAGUACUGCAUCUGAAGUCAGUAGCACAUCUUGCCAUGAAACUGCAGCAACUUCUGUAGGAUGUCACAUAUCAGAUUGUACGGACUCCACAAACAAUACAACGGACAUACCAGCAGUGGACACAUCAGAAAGCGGCACAGCUGCUGCCAGUGCUGCGGUUGAACCUGUAAGGGCUACGGACUCAACAUCAUCAUCAUCUGCUGCUGGCAGCUCGAGUCCUGAAGCAGCGAAAACCAGGCAAGCGUCUGUUACAGCCUCUGUGGAUCCUGUGAGACAGCAGCCCAGCAGCACUGCAGAGCCUUUACCACCUGGAUGGGAACAGAGGAAGGAUCCUCAUGGUAGAACAUAUUACGUUGAUCACAACACAAGAACGACGACGUGGGAGAGGCCGCAGCCUUUACCUCCUGGAUGGGAAAGACGGGUUGAUGACCGUGGAAGGGUUUACUAUGUUGACCAUAACACUAGAACUACGACAUGGCAGCGGCCUACCAUGGAGUCUGUGCGGAACUUUGAACAGUGGCAGUCACAACGAAACCAACUCCAGGGGGCUAUGCAGCAGUUCAACCAGCGAUACCUCUAUUCGGCUUCCAUGUUAUCAGCGGAAAAUGAUCCACUAGGACCUUUACCACCAGGCUGGGAACGAAGAGUAGACUCCACAGAUAGGGUAUAUUUUGUAAAUCAUAACACAAAAACAACUCAGUGGGAAGAUCCUCGGACACAAGGUUUACAAAAUGAGGAUCCUUUGCCAGAGGGCUGGGAAAUCCGCUACACAAGAGAGGGAGUAAAGUACUUUGUAGAUCACAACACAAAGACCACCACUUUCAAUGACCCUCGGACUGGAAAGUCUUCAGUAACUAAGGGCCCUCAGAUUGCCUAUGAACGCAGUUUUCGGUGGAAGCUUGCCCACUUUCGCUAUUUGUGUCAGUCUAAUGCAUUACCGAGCCAUGUCAAGAUAACUGUGUCCAGGCAGACGUUAUUUGAAGACUCCUUUCAACAGAUUAUGGCAUUGAAGCCUUAUGAUUUAAGAAGACGAUUGUAUGUGAUGUUCAGAGGGGAAGAAGGCUUGGAUUAUGGAGGCUUGGCCAGAGAAUGGUUCUUCCUACUCUCUCAUGAAGUGCUCAAUCCAAUGUACUGUUUGUUUGAAUAUGCCGGCAAAAGCAAUUAUUGUCUACAGAUUAACCCAGCUUCUACCAUUAACCCUGAUCACCUGUCAUAUUUCUGCUUCAUCGGACGCUUCAUUGCUAUGGCUUUAUUCCACGGUAAAUUUAUUGAUACCGGCUUUUCUCUACCAUUCUACAGGCGCAUGUUGAGCAAAAAAACUCACCAUCAAAGACUUGAUGUCUAUUGAUCCUGAAUUCUAUAACUCACUAAUAGGGCCUGAGACAAUAACAUUGAAGAAUGUAACUUGGAGAUGUACUUUUCUGUUGACAUGGAGAUACUUGGAAAAGUCACAUCCCAUGACCUCAAGCCUGAAGGAUCCAACAUGCUUGUUACUGAGGAGAACAAGGAAGAAUACAUUGGGCUCAUGGCCGAAUGGAGAUUUUCGCGAGGGGUAGAAGAACAAACCAAAGCAUUUCUGGAUGGCUUUAAUGCAGUUGUCCCUCUGCAGUGGCUACAGUAUUUUGAUGAAAAAGAGUUAGAGGUGAUGCUCUGUGGGAUGCAGGAAGUGGACCUGUCAGACUGGCAACGGAACACAGUUUACCGCCAUUACACAAGAAACAGCAAGCAGAUCAUUUGGUUCUGGCAGUUUGUGAAGGAGAUGGACAAUGAAGUCCGGCUGCGUUUGCUGCAGUUUGUCACUGGAACCUGCAGAUUACCACUUGGCGGAUUUGCAGAACUAAUGGGAAGUAAUGGCCCUCAGAAGUUCUGCAUUGAGAAAGUCGGUAAAGAAACCUGGCUUCCUAGAAGUCAUACAUGCUUCAAUCGUCUGGAUUUACCACCAUACAAAAGCUACGAACAGUUGAAAGAGAAGCUGCUUUUUGCCAUUGAAGAAACAGAGGGAUUUGGCCAAGAAUGA